AUGGAGUGGCAAUGGAUGAUUCCCGACAUUUUUACCAUAAAUGGUAAUGAUGCACGAGUUUUCCCUAUAAACAGACGCUACCACUGCCCAAUACGCUUAGAAGGUGCGGAAUCAGCAAAGGUUGACGGCGAUGCGGUUCCUGUUUCAUCUGAUUCUGAACCCGGGAUAGAAGAACGAGUCAUGCAUUGUGUUGUUGGAGGAGCUCAUGCUUUUAUUCUUAGGAUUUCAAGCUUCUUCGGCCUAGCACCACUUCGCUUUGAAUCACGAGGCAACGGAUUCACUGUUGGCAUAUCCAACGCAAUGUGCAUUUACAGCUAUAUACUUGUUACCAUUCUAGUGAUAUGCACAGUUUUCGGCCUAGUGGCCGAAAUCAAUGCUGGCGUAGAGCUGUCAGUACGUAUGUCUUCAACAAUGUCACAAUUCGUAUCUACAUGCGAUGUUCUUGUAGUGGUUAUUACUGCGGGAGCAGGCGUGUAUGGGGCGCCGAAGAGAAUGAGAAAUAUGUUGAAAUUCAUGGAAAGUGUUGCAUCGGUGGACAACAGUAUCGGUGCCCAUUACUCUCUUGUGACUGAAAGAAAACUGUGUGCUAUUCUGUUCGCUAUACUGAUCUUCUUUUCCGCGCUAAUAGCUGAUGACUUUUGUUUCUACGCUUUGCAAGCAAAGAAAGUUGAUAGACAAUGGGACGUAGUAACAAAUUACAUAGGGUUUUAUCUUCUUUGGUAUGUGGUGAUGAUAUUGGAGCUACAGUUCGCCUUCACUGCGUUGUCAGUUCGCGCUCGUUUCCAAGCAGUCAACGACGCGCUGACACUGACUGCCAGACAUGUAUCUGUACCAGUUGAGAAAAUAAAAGAUCCGACACCAUUAAACAUAUUUGCCAUACGCGUAGCUGCAGAUUCACGACGAUGUGCUACCAAUGUUAGCCUUUUAGUGGAUACCUUGCCCGGAAAAGAACAUGCUGUCAUCAUACGGAAUCCAGUUAGUGGAGAGCCAAAAUUAGUGGUUCCACCAUGCGAAGCAAUAAGGCGUCUUGCAUUUCUUCACGGCGCUCUAUGCAACGUCGUACACCGUAUCGACAAAAGCUACGGACUACCUCUCAUAGUGAUCCUCAUAUCCACGUUACUGCACUUGAUUGUUACACCGUACUUCCUUAUUAUGGAGAUCAUUGUGUCAACACAUCGAGUUCAUUUCUUAGUGCUACAAUUUCUAUGGUGCGCUACGCAUAUUAUACGAAUGUUUGUCGUGGUGGAACCGUGCCAUUAUACUAUUACUGAGGGUAAACGCACAGAGGAACUGGUGUGCCGACUAAUGACCUCUACACCGUCAACUGGUAUGCUUCCGUCCCGCCUGGAACUGUUCUCUCGACAACUGAUGCUGCAAUCAAUUAGCUAUUCACCCAUGGGAAUGUGUACUUUGGACCGACCAUUGAUAGUCUCGGUUUUAGGAGCAGUGACUACAUAUUUAGUAAUAUUAAUACAAUUUCAAAGAUAUGAUACG